AUGGCGACGACCCCUCUCCCCCUCGACGUCCAGACGAAAGUCGCCUCCACCGUCUCCGAAGCCUUCGCAGACGCCUACUACACGGCGCUGCAGGCGGCGCGCCACACGCUGGCGACGUUUUACACCCCCGCCGCGACGCUGCCCGACGGCAAGUCGGUCCCGGCCAUCGCCUGGAACGGCAACGUCUACGGCUCCGGCCCCGCCUUCCGCGACGCCUUCCGCGACGCCAUGCCCGCCUACUCCUACUUCGAGGUCCAGAGCCUCGACGCCCAGGUGCUGGAUCCGAACCCGCCGCCGCCGCCGCCGCCGACGGCCGCCGCCGAGGCGGAUGCCAUGGCCAACGGUGGUGGCGGCGGCGGCGGCGGCGGCGGGCAGCAGCAACACAGGGACCAGCCGGAGGAGCUGGUGGGGAGCGUGCUGGUGGUGGUCAACGGCUUCGCGCGGCUGGAGGAGAAGAAGGACGGGCCGCAGAGGGGCUUCAGCGAGACGUUCGUGCUCGUGCCGAACGCGAAUUACAGCAGGAAGGACGGCGGGAGGAGGUGGGUCGUGCAGAACCAGAACUUCCGAUAUGUGGUCUGA